AUCGAUGUCCUGCGCACGCGCAGCCCAUGCUUUUCCAUCAACCACACCGACUUCGAGCCCCUGCUCCGGUCGCCCAUCGCUAUCAGCAUCGAAACUAAGCAUCCCAGUGCCUCGGGCGAAGGCGCCGCCUUGCAGGUUGGCGUGUGGCAAGCAGCCCAGUGGAGUCUGCUGCAAAGUCUGACCCAGUCUCAGCCUACCAGCUGCUCAAGCACCGCGCUGCCUGCCUUCCUUCCCGCCAUCACCGUCGUGGGUCACGAUUGGACACUUGCGGCCACCACAAGGCUUGGGCAGAAGACGACGCUUUGGACCGACUGUCCCAUCGGACACACCCGUAAUAUUAUCGGCAUCUACCGCAUCAUCUGGGCUAUUCAACAGCUCGCAAAC